GGGACGAGGCGGGCGCGCGAGGCCGUGCGACGGGAGCGGGAUGUGCGCGUGGAGCUCCCGGCGCCUCUCCCGCGCGGGACGGAGUUGCGGGAGCGACGCUGGAGGGGUGAGGUCUCCGUCUGGCCGCCCGCAUGGAGCUGAGCAGCGCAGAGGCGGCAUCCACCCGGUUCCUCGGCCUCACUCAGCGGUCUGUCUCUGAAGAUCUGGGUUGCAGACGUGGAGACUUUAGCAGAAAGCAUUAUGGAUCUGUGGAGCUUCUUAUAUCUAGUGAUGCCGAUGGAGCCAUUCAAAGAGCUGGGCGGUUCCGUGUGGAAAAUGGCUCCUCUGGUGAGAAUACAGACUACACGCCGGGUACGUGGCACAGAACGGAUGUGCAUUUGGAAAACCCAGAGUAUCAUACGAGAUGGUAUUUCAAAUAUUUUUUAGGGAAAGUUCAUCAGAAUUAUAUAGGUACAGAUGCAGAGAAGAACCCUUUCUUUCUGUCUGUUGUACUGUCUGACCAAAAUAAUCAGCGCAUUCCUCAAUAUCAUUCAAUACUUUGGAGAAAAACAGGUACUCAGAAAAUAUGUCUCCCUUAUAGUCCCACAAAAACAUUAUCUGUGAAAUCUAUAUUAAGUGCUAUGAGUCUCAAUAAAUUUGAGAAGAGCCCAAGGGAAAUUUUUCAUCCUGAGAUACAAAAGGAUUUAUUGGUUCUUGAAGAGCAAGAGGGAUCUGUGAAUUUUAAAUUUGGAGUACUUUAUGCUAAGGAUGGUCAGCUAACAGAUGAUGAAAUGUUCAGUAAUGAAACUGGAAGUGAAAACUUUCAAAGAUUUUUGCAUCUCUUGGGUGACACAAUUACUUUGAAAGGCUGGACAGGCUACAGAGGAGGACUGGACACUAAAAAUGAUACAACAGGAACGCGUUCCAUCUAUACAAUUUUUCAAGGGCAUGAAAUUAUGUUCCAUGUUUCAACCAUGCUACCAUAUUCCAGAGAGAACAAGCAGCAGGUAGAAAGGAAGCGACAUAUUGGAAAUGACAUUGUCACUAUAGUAUUUCAGGAAGGUGAAGAGUCUUCUCCAGCAUUCAAGCCAUCCAUGAUUCGCUCUCAUUUUACACAUAUUUUUGCUUUAGUGAGAUACAAUAAGCAGAAUGAUAGUUACAGGCUGAAAAUAUUUUCAGAAGAAAGUGUUCCUCUGUUUGGGCCUCCCCUUCCGUCCCCACCUGUGUUUACAAAUCACCAGGAAUUCAGGGAUUUUGUGUUGGUGAAACUAAUAAAUGGGGAAAAAGCCACCUUGGAAACACCAACAUUUUCUCAGAAACGUCAGCGCACUCUAGACAUGCUGAUCCGCUCUUUAUACCAAGACAUGAUGCCUGAUCUACACAAGGUAAAUAACAUGCUCAAUAGAAGGUCCUUCAGUGAUGUGUUACCAGAGUCCCCAAAAUCAACACGGAAGAAAGAGGAAGCUCGACAAGCAGAGUUUGUUCGGCUCGGUCAGGCAUUGAAAUUGAAAACCACUGUGAAAGGGGAUACCACAGCUAACUUGGCAACCACAAGCUUUUGUAAAAAGGAGCCUUGGGAAUCUCAAUCUUUCUGCAGUAAUUUUCCUCAUGAGGUUGUCUGUGCAGAUUCUUGGGGCCAGUCCUUGCUGGUUUCUACAGAUGCUGGCAUCUUGUUAAUAGAUGAUGGUCAACCGUUAGUGCAAGUAUUUGAUAAAACUCUCCAAAUAAAGCAGAUGCACGUGUUGGAAGCUCUGGAUCUUUUGAUUGCCCGAACAGACAAAGGGAAAGACUCUCGUCUCCUUGUCUUCAGACUCAGUGCUGUCCAAAAAGAUAUAGAGACAAAGCAAAUUAUAAGAAGCAAAUACGACUGCAGAGAAAAUAAACUAGAGAGAACAAAAGGCUGCCAUUUGUAUGCCAUAAAUACUCACCAUGGAAGUGAAUUGAGGAUUGUUGUGGCUAUUCGAAACAAACUACUUCUUGUCACAAAGAAAUAUAAUCCACACAGCAGUUUAACCAGCAACUCUGUGCUCUCAUCGCCUGAAUCUCCUGUAGAAGAGUUCCAGUACAUCCGGGAAAUAUGCCUUUCUGACCCCCCAGUGGUUAUGACACUGGUGGAUGGACCUACUGGAGACAGUGACAAUAUGAUCUGUGUAGCGUAUCGUCACCAGUUUGAUUUAGUCAAUGAGAGCACGGGGGAGUCCUACAGAUUGCAUCACGUUGAAACAAACAAGGUUAAUUUUGUUGCAGCUAUUGAUGUAUAUGAAGAUGGUGAAGCUGGUCUACUGUUGUGUUAUAACUAUGUUUGCCAAUACAGGAAGGUAUAUCCUUUCAGUGGAGGUUCUCCUCUGAUCCAGCCAUCAGCUUAUGACUUCCACUUCAGCUGGAAUCAAGUUCCUUAUGCUGUUGUCUGUGCUUUCCCUUAUAUCCUUGCUUUCACUACUGAUUCCAUUGAGAUCCGAUUAGUGGUGAAUGGGAACUUAGUCCACACAGCAGUUGUGCCUGAGCUUCAACUUGUAGCAUCGAGGUCAGACAUUUAUUUUCAAGCAACUGCUGCAGUUAGUGGAUCAUCAGACAGCAGCUCUAAGGAAAUUAGUUCAAAGAGUUCUGCUCAAACACCGACAGCUUACGAAAAGCCAGAAUGUCCUCUUUCUUCUCUAGAAGGUGAAGUUCCAUGCAGAAACCUGUACAAAAUUCCUCUCAGCAAUCUGGUUGGGCGAAGCAUUGAACGACCUCUGAAGUCACCUUUGGCUCCCAAGGUCAUUGCUACUACAACAUCCGGUGGCAUUGCCUCACUUCCAGUUACACACUCACUGUCCUUAUCUCGUAUGGAAAUUAAAGAAAUUGCAAGCAGAACACGUAAAGAAUUGCUGGGCCUUUUGGAUGAGCCUAUAACCAAGACAGAAAGUGCACAGAAGCAAAAAAAGGUUCCUCGAAGACCGUCAGACCCCAAGCAAGGAGCAGUAAGAUCGACUAGUAGUGACAGGAUAAUCUCAAGCUCUUUUGAAAGCUAUUCUGAAAGACGUCAUCUUUCCACUAGUUCAGAUCCUGAUACUUUAGCAAACAGGGAGGGGAGCUCACCACCUAACUAUCCAUUUCAGCUGAUUUCUUUAUAUGAUGAAGACAUCAUUGAUUUGAAAUGAAGACUGUUUUAAAACCUUUCUUCCUUACUUCACAUUUUCUUACAACUCUGUGAGCUCUAUGGGAAUGUCACAAACACUGCUUCUGGUGGUAAAAUGUGGCCGGAAGUACUGGUGAUAAAUCUUUAUAGAACCCAUGUUGUUCUGGCUAGCGCAGCCUGAUUUGGUGAUGCUUAUAUCUUUGACAUAGGUAUGUUUUCUCAGUUAACAAACCAUUACUUUUUGUGGCAUUCUAACAAGUAGGUAAUCAAUGAUAGAUUUAGGUUGAAACUGAAGUAAACAAAAAGUAUUACUUGUUCUAAGCUUUUUAUAAUUUGAAGUACCUGAAUGACAUACAGCAAAGUUAAUUGCUGUUGUUACUAUCAUGAAUUGUUUUACAACAGCGUAUGCCAUGUGAAAAGAGGAAUUUUAUAAUAUAAAUCAAUGCUUUUGGUUUUUCAGUCUUAAACAAAACAACAACAAAAAAAAGAGGCUUGCAGGCAAGGUCAUUUCAAACAGUGCAGUCAGUCUUUGAAAUGAUGCAGCUCUGGUAUGUUCACUGAAUAAUCAGGUAAGAUAUGAAGAUACUGCUUUCUUUGCUUUGGCUGUCCAUGCACAUUGUUUAGAGAAACCUGAAAACUGUUUUGGCAUUAAGAAUCCUUGAGAGAAAGUUUUUAUAGAAAACACAAGCUUUCAAAAUAUUUCUUAAGAAUUGGAAUAAAAAACCCCUAAAAAACCCACAAACCAACCAACCAACCAACCAACCAAAAAAAACCAAACCAAAACCCCAAUCCAUUUACUGGAGAACUUUUAUUGUAGUGCAUCUGCAGAUUUUUCCAUUACAGACAGAAGAGCCAACCCUGAUUGUUUUGACUACACAAAGAUUCCUAUGCAGGCUGAUGUCUGCACUAGCACCAACAGUAUGUGUCAUUGUUCCAGAUAGUUGUAUUUUUCUAACUGGAUGCAGACUGAAAUUUCACUCAUAAUAAGCUAGUUUUCUAUGAUGAAAUAGUCAUCUUGGCUUUGUAUGUUUUAUAUUGGUUUUAUAUUGAAAGCUUGAUUUUUAUUUUUUUUUUUAACACUUCCCUCCGGAACCCCUUUGCAGGGGGUUUGUUUUGUUUGGUUUUGGAUUCUUUUGUGAAAGCAUGAUGCUUCCAGCCUUUUUAUAUAUGAAGUUUUUUGCUUUAUUAACAAGUAUUUCUUGUUAUUUUUGUAGAAAUACCCCCGUAUUCUUGAUUUUAUUUCAUAGUACCAUUCAUAUGUCAUGAUUUCACUUUUUGUUCAAGUAUUAUCACCUGGAGAUGUGUGCCUUUUUCUGCCAUCUGUCUGAAUGUAAAACUGGUUUUGCAAAGUACUUUUUUCUCAGUUUAUUGUAUAUAAUGGCUGAAUUGCUCCACCUAAGAAAAUACGCAAGGCCUUAUCCGGAAGCAUCAUUUCUUACUCUCAACUGGAGUGGAUAAUCAAGAGAAGAAGCAGUAUUUUCAACAGUAAUUAGUCUAGGAGCUAAAGGCUAUUAUUACUUUAGUGGGUUUUGCACUCAGAGAUGUGUGGGGUGAGCCUUAAUAAGCGUCUAAAAGGAAGUACCAGAUCAAGGUCUUUGCAAGAGCUUGUAAUUCUUUUUUGAGAAUGUUAUUUCCAGAGACUGUGUUAAUUUAGCCUAUCCUUAUUUAUGUGGGCAGCUAAGGUUUAAAAAACCAAUCUGAAAGUAUCACGUGAUGCUUAUUUUCCUGGAAGUUGUAAACACUUCUGUACUCAAUCCACUUCCAGGGACACCACUGGUGUCCCUGGAGUAUUUUUAGAAAGCAAAAGAACCACGUUUUUCCAAUAAGAUUUAUCAAUGCAGUAUUUAAUUUCUGUUAUGUGGGUGUUUUUGAAGAAUAUACCAGUGUGUUGCAAAACUGGGACUUUAGUUAAAAUACAAUUUUAACUGGAAACUUUGCUUUGCCCUGUUAGGAUAUCAGAUUUUAAAUACAUUGCAGAUGUUCAUCUGUGCUAUUAUAGCAUGAUUUAAAAUGAUUACUAUGGUUCAAUAGGAGUUGAAGCAAUAUAUGGAGAUUUUAAAACUUGUUUUGAAGAACCUGAACAAAUACGUAUUUAGGUAUCCUGAAAGACUAGCCUUAGAGAUGGAGCACUAGGGAGAUCAAGAAGAAUGAGAAGAGCUUGACAGAAAGCUUGACUGCUGGCUAGUCAGAAUGCAUAUAGGUGUGGCAUUUGUGAAUCCUAGAUAUAAUUAUAGAAGAAAGGGACAUAAAGCAAGAGUUAUUUUCUUUAACCAGAAGUACAGCAGUAGCUGUACAGUAUUACUGUAAAUAAGGAGAGUGUGGUAAUGUGUGUGUGAAAGAGCCUUUGAAGGUCUGCCUGUAAUCACAGCAUUGAUGACAUCUACCAAAUGGACUGUAAGAGUACAGAUAUUUGAUUGCUUAAGCUAGACAAAAACAGAUCAGACAUGUACUUAUCUGGAACAGGAUGUUGGUAUCAUUUGAAGAGCGAAGCCCAGCAACUGUAUCCACUCCUACCUCCCACCUGAAUUUUAUUCUAUAGCUUGAUUUGAUGGGGCAGGUAAAAGCUGUUACUCAGGUCACAGUGAGAACUACCAGACCUAAUGGACUGUUACUCAUAUAGGACAGGAAGGAUCUGAACCCUGGGAAAAAAAUUACUUAUCUUCAUUCUUAAUGUAUCUGGUAAGUGCCUCAACAAGGCUUCCACUUCUUGAGUGUUUGCUUCUGUAAUUAAUCAAUGUGUCUUAUAGGGAUAAUAUCAGACCUAGCAAAAGAAGUAGGGAGGGAGGACGCAACCUUUAGUUUGUUUUAUGUGACACCUAGAGAUGGUAGCUGAGGCUUUAGGGUCAUGUAUAUGCAGUUUACUACCUAUUACUGUAUGAGAGCAGCAGAGUGUAGGUAGAAGGCAGAGAACAUGGUAAUAAUAUUCCAAUUUCAUUUGACAUGAGCCACAAGAAUCAAAUUCAUUUAUUGUGUCAAAAGACAAAAUAUCAACACAAUAAUGUGAAAUUGCUGGCAUAGCAGGACAGAUAUCUACUGUACAAGGAUGUGGUUUCUGUGUGUUCUUAAUAGUCUCAUCUGACCACCAUGGCUUCUGUGCUUCUUGGUGUGAUGGGUUGGUAUUCUCUGAACUAGCUUCUAGCCACUGUUUCUCUCAAAAUAUUGUCUUAGAUCCCUACCAGUCAGGCUGCUAAUCAAAAUCAAGAGGCAGUUGGUGGUAUUGAUAUAUAAGCUCUUGUGUAUCAUUUAUGAAGGGCAAGGUUUUUAUACAUCUGUGGAACCUCUCCUACUCCAGACUGGUGUAAGAGGACAAGGCUUAUUAGAAGGCUACUGGGAUGGACAGCUAUACUGUCCUUCCCUCCAGCAUUAGAGCCAUGUUGUUUCCCUUCUGCUUUUCCAGCAUGUGCAUGCAUAUACUCAUGAAAACUUGAAAAGUAGUCCUGGACACAAAUUGUAGCCGUAUGCACCCUAAGCACAACCCUUCCUACUUUCACAUUGUAUGUUAAAGCUGCCUGGAGACUGCAUUCUUGAUGUUGGCUGACCAUUUUGCGGUUGGGAGGAAAGAUAAUCUUGAAUCUACAACUAUGUAAGAUGGGCGUUGUUCUAAUAGGAAAACUGAAAAAUCUUGCUACAGAUGGAUGGAAGGCAAUGUUCCCAUGACAGAAGAAUUGUUACCAGGUUGAACACUUUCUGUCGAGCUAAGGUUAACUGAAGGCCCCUUCUGGACUCUUGGCUAAGUUUCUGCCAGAAAUAUUUUCUAUUCCAAUGCAGAGGAUUUUCUGGCAGCAGUAGGGCUCUUAACCCCUUCUUGCUAAUGGUAUUGUCACCACUUCAGCAGUCUGCCUUAGGGGGACUAAAUUACAGGAAUGUCAUUUACUUUGGUGCAAGCAUUAGACUGUUCAGGCAGUUAAUUUAGAAUGUACUUGUGCCUCGGCAGCAGUAUGGGUAAUGAUGCAUGGAAUCACAAAAUCGUUGAAGCUAAAAGGGACCACUUCCUAUCAUACAGUCCAGUACCCACACCCAUCAACCUCCAUUCAAAAAUCUUUUCAAAAUGGGUAUGCAGCACUUUGAGCUACUUGUCAUCUUUGUCCUGCAUUUGAAUCACAGCAUGCAUAUAAACCAUCCAGCUUUGAAGUGUGACGCAAGAACCCAAAGACACGAGCUAAGUUAAUUCUUUCACAGACACAUUAUACAGCCCUUAAGGCUGAGGCUUUGAUGAGCCCUUUCCAAGGUCCCUAAAGCCAGUUUGGGCUUCAGAAACUGUUGCAGACUAAUGGUCAUUUUUGUCCAGUUCUUUCUUUUAGUGUCAGUGCAGUCCAUGUAAAUCUUAAAAGUGUUUGAAAGUAACAAAACACGUCCCUCUAAUAAGAAACAAAGACCCACAUGCAAUUUGAAAAGUCUGUAGCUGUUCAUGGUAGCAGGAGAUCAUGCAGUGAAUGGAUGCAUGCGUACAUUGUUUCCAGGCUGGCAAGGAAAAAGUAGGGCCUGUUGUAGUUACGGUCCUUCCCUUGUCUGGGGCUGAGGUGGAGUUCUUUUGGUUUGUUUUGGUUGGUUUGGUUUCUUGGGGUUGGGUGUGUUUGGUGUGGGUUUUUCUUUGGUUGGUGGGUUUUGUUGUGUUUUGUUUGUUUGUUUGUUUUGUUGUUGGUGGUGGUUGGUUGGGGUUUUUUUCGAUGCGUAACGUACAUGCAAGUAUGCACCUAGAAUGAAUAAUGGGUUUGCUGUCUGCCUUCAUGAGAUUAUUUCUAUAAACCCACAAGGGUUUGGAAUUGAUUCGUAGAUUCAAAUUGAUUUUUUAUUUUUUUUUUAGUACUGUGAUAGUCAACUGACUAAAUAUUUAUUCUGCUGUUCUAUAUAUGUUUGACCAAGUAACAGCCAGCUCAUGUAUGUUUUCUUAAAGGUGUGGGUCUAUAACUUGUGCUUGCAGAUGCAAUAGCUUUUCCAGAGCGGUUGGCUUAGUCUGCAUUUGAAAUGUAUAAUCCUUUGCAUUUGGAUUUGGUUUUAUAUAUAUAUAUAUAUAUAUUUGUAAUUUCCACCAUAAACUUUAGGGGAUUAAAAGUCCCAAGAUUAUAUAUAUAGGAGUCUAAAGUAAUGGGAUCAUAAAAGCUGGGGGAGGGAAAAGUGCCAUCUGCAAGCAAUAAGGAAGUUAAAAAUAAUUUUGUUGCCUUCUGUGUAUGAAAAUGAGUACCAUACCGUUUUCACUGUUAACAAUUUGAUGUCAUGGUUCAUCCGCACAGUGCUUGCUAAUUCUUUAAAGCACUGUUUUCUCAGAUAGGCUUAGUCUGAUUUUGUGAAGGAAUAAAUUACACCCCGGGAACUUAAUAUUAACAAUGUGGGAAGGCUCCAGAGAUUAUGCAGCAAACAUUGGUACUUGCAUGCAGGUUAGAAAGUAUUUUUACUCUUAUUAGUUGAGCACAGCAAUUUGAUCAGCCUGUAUACUGCCUAGCUGCUUCCCUUUGUUGCUGACCUGUAACUGACUGAUUCCUGUUUGCUACUGAAAAUCGUGAUAUUAGCACGACUUGAAGAGAAAAUGAAGAGAUUAUUUUCUUCUUAUUUAUAGCUCUAUUAGGUAUUUAUCUGGUUGAAUGGAAAAUGUUAUGUCUGUAAAGGUUUAUUCAGCGUGUUAUCAAUCUGAAAUGUCAGUUUAAUUAAGCCUUUGAAUGGUAGCAGACUGCUUUGUAAUUUAAUAAUUGCAUAUUGUUAAGACUGUUGCUACAUUUGUGUUCAAAGACUCUUUACCACUUGUCUUAAAUGCUGAUGUAUUACCAUUGGUUUUAAUGUCAUUUGAUAGCGUGUAUGGUUUGUGUUUUAGAUGUGACAUCCAAAUAGAAACAGUCCUAUUACAUCUGGAACUGUUUUAAGUGCUAUUUAUCACCUUUGUGAAGGAUCAACAGAUGAUUUAUUCCUUCGUAUGUAAAAAACUAUAAAUUUGACCUCA